AUGGCAAUUGAAGAAGAAAGAUUUCGUUGGAUACGAAAUAACAAAAAAAAACUCAGAUCAAACCUUUUUUCUGGUUUAAUGGACGCUAUUCAUCGUGGUGAUUCAGAUUGCUCAAAAGUGGGAAAAUCAAUUAUUUUGUCUUUGUCACACACCGAGGGACCACGAUAUAGAGUACAAAAUUAUCAAGAUGCUAUGGCAAUUUGUAUAUACACAAUUGAGUUCCAAAAAAAAGGACUACCUCAUGCACACAUACUACUUUUCUUGCAUUCGACAUUGAAAAAUCCUUCAGCAGACCAUAUUGAUAAUAUAAUAAGCGUGGAAAUCCCAGACUUAAAUGUUGAUCCUGAUGGUUAUAAUGCCAUCAAUAAAUUUAUGAUUCAUGGACCUUGUGGAAAACUUAAUUCAAACUCUCCAUGUAUGAUGCAAGAUAGGUGCACAAAACAUUUUCCAAAAAAAUUCAAUGAUCAAACGACCAUCGACACAGAUGGCUUUCCAGUCUACAAAAGGAGAAAUACAGGUAUUCAUGUCGAAAAGAAAGGUGUCCUUUUAGAUAAUCGAUAUGUAGUCCCUUAUCAUAGGAAUUUGAUUGUCAAAUUUGAUGCACAUAUUAAUGUCGAGCCAACAGUUGAAAGAUUACCAUUCCAUUUACCUGGAGAGCACACAGUAAUAUUCGAAGAAAACAAAUGUGUUGAAAAUGUUGUUUGCAUACCUGGAAUAGAAAAAACAAAGUUCACUCAAUGGUUGGAGGCAAACAAGAAUUAUGAUGAUGCACGAGAGCUAACUUAUUCGGAUUUCCCUAUAAGUUGGGUUUGGAAUUCAAAGGAGAAAACAUGGACUAGGAGAAAAAAUAGAUUGGCAAUUGGAAGAAUUUACUUCGCGCAUCCUUCGACUGGAGAACGCUUCUAUUUGAGAAUGUUGUUAAAUUUUGUCAAAGGGAGCACUUCUUAUGAAAGUAUUAGAACAAUAAAUGGGGUGACAUAUCCUAAUUUUAAAGGCACAUGCUAUGCUUUGGGAUUGUUAGACGAUGAUAAAGAGUGGAUAGAUUGCUUGACUGAAGCUGCAAUAUGGGCAACUGGAAAAUAA